UCUGAAGCCGUACAUUCACAAGGCUCAACGGCACAUUGACCACGAGAUCGAAAGAGCAGUCCUCGUGACCAUGAUGGCGAUGGCAGAGACCAUACUUAAUCCUGGCUAUACUCUGCUCGGUUCGCAGUAUGGAGUCGCCGCCAGCCAGGAUAUCUUUGCUCUCUCAUCAUGGUCCGCAUUGAAGGCGCCACAUGACGACUGCGCAUCGUUUGGUCGAUCAUUAGACCUACCAAAUGUCUCUGUCGAUAUUGCCGAGUUCGUCCCCAAUGGCACAAAUUUGACAUUCCCUUACAAUAACGUUACAUGUGGCCAAGCAUAUACUAUCAUCUAUGGCGGCGACAUAUGUCGGUUGGCCAUGACGGUCAACACUAGCGACAGCUCUCGAAUUACGCUCGAGGCCUGGCUUCCCCCUGCUGCUCAGUGGAAUGGACGGUUCCUCAGCACUGGCAACGGAGGUAUAUCAGGAUGUAUCCAGUACGGAGAUAUAGCAUAUGCAAACUCGUUCGGUUUUGCAGCGGUCGGAGCAAACAAUGGUCAUAACGGCACCGGAGGAACAGCAUUUGCAGAGAGUUCUGGGGUCGUAGAAGACUUUGCCUGGCGAUCCGUCUAUACAGGCACUGUGUUGGGAAAGAAUAUCACCUCCAGUUUCUAUGGAGAGGAUCCAAGUUACUCAUAUUAUCUUGGAUGCUCUACUGGUGGUCGACAAGGCAUGAAGAUGGCCCAGAGCUACCCCGACACUUUUGAUGGCAUUGUGGCAGGAGCUCCUGCCUUUGACUUCAACGGACUGCAAUCCUGGAGCCAAUAUCUCACUCAAGUCGCCGGCUACGACACUAACUCCUCAAGCUUUGUCACUGUGGGUCAUUGGGCGCUAGUGGCUCAGUCUGUGCUUUCGCAAUGUGACGCUCUCGACGGAGCAGAAGAUGGUAUCCUCGAAGAUCCCGACCUGUGUUACCCAACGUUCACGUCUCUACUGUGUUCACCCAACGCCACCAAUACCAGCACUUGUCUCAACUCAGGACAACUAGAACGUGUGAAUGCCAUUCUCUCCCCGUUCUACGGCCUAAACGGGACCUUAGUCUAUCCUCGCAUGCAGCCAGGAGCCGAACUCGCAGCAUAUCCAAUCCUCUACGCAGGCAACCCAUUCCCUUAUGCGACCGACUGGAUGCGCUAUGUCGUGUACAACGACUCGACCUUCGACCCCAAAACCACCAGCCUCGAAGAUGUUGCUUAUGCGGAGAAGUUGGACCCCUUUGGCAUCAGCACUUGGUCGGGCAAUCUGAGUGAAUUUUCUGCUAGGGGAUCCAAACUCUUGACUUAUCACGGUCUUGUGGACCCUUUGAUCAGUAGCGACAAUUCAGCGAGAUAUUACACUCAUCUGGCCACGACCAUGGGCCUGCCACCGUCUAGUCUCGAUGAGUUUUAUCGAUAUUUCCGGAUUUCCGGCAUGAGUCAUUGUGGAGGUGGCAUAGGUGCAGCUGAUAUUGGACAGAGUUCCAACCCACGGCCGCAGUCAGCUGAAGAUAAUGUUCUCCUGGCGGUUAUGAACUGGGUGGAAAAUGGAACCGCACCAGAAUUCAUCAGAGGCUAUAGUCUUCCUCCUCCACCAGCUGGAGUACCUGGACCCCCUGGACCUCCUCCUGGAACUCCUAUCUUCACACGAAAACACUGCAAGUACCCAGCUCGCAAUGUCUACCUUGGACCUGGUAAUGUCACCGACGAAGAUGCAUGGCAGUGUAUAACGGAGGCUACUGCAGCUCUGGGUCGACAAACGUGAUGUUCCAU